UCCUCCCCUCGCGCAAUAGAGCUCUACCGUAGAGCGCUGUUGCUAUUCGAGAUGAGAGUUGUUGGCUUGUCCAGUGUCUCGCGGACACACCUCCCCCGCACGUCGCGCCCCACAGCCAGCGCACGGAGCAGAGGGCUCAAGCAUACCGGAGCCGUUUAAAGAUGGCAGAACGACAGCAGAAACACGAAGGAUGCCGAGUGAAGAUCGGACAUUAUCUUCUCGGAGACACUCUGGGUGUCGGCACCUUCGGCAAAGUAAAGAUUGGAGAGCACCAGUUGACAGGUCAUAAGGUGGCAGUGAAGAUCCUGAACAGACAGAAAAUCAGGAGUCUGGACGUGGUGGGCAAGAUCAAACGAGAGAUACAGAACCUCAAACUAUUCAGACACCCUCAUAUCAUCAAACUGUACCAGGUGAUCAGUACUCCUACAGAUUUCUUCAUGGUGAUGGAGUAUGUCUCAGGAGGAGAGCUGUUUGACUACAUCUGCAAACACGGACGGGUAGAAGACAAAGAGGCUCGUCGGUUGUUCCAACAGAUCAUCUCAGGGGUAGACUACUGCCACAGACACAUGGUGGUGCACAGAGACCUCAAACCUGAGAAUGUUCUGCUGGACCAUUCCAAGAACGCCAAGAUAGCUGACUUUGGGUUGUCAAACAUGAUGUCAGACGGGGAGUUCCUGAGGACCAGCUGUGGAUCUCCCAACUACGCUGCUCCUGAAGUCAUCUCUGGAAGGUUAUAUGCUGGCCCUGAGGUGGAUAUAUGGAGCUGUGGUGUGAUCCUGUAUGCGUUGCUGUGUGGGACUCUGCCCUUUGAUGACGAACAUGUUCCCACGCUGUUUAAGAAGAUCAGAGGGGGCGUGUUCUAUAUGCCAGAAUACCUCACUCGCCCCGUCGCCUCCCUGCUGCUGCUCAUGCUGCAGGUCGACCCAUUGAAGAGAGCCACCAUUAAAGACAUUAGGGAACAUGAGUGGUUUAAGCAGGACCUGCCAGGCUACCUGUUUCCUGAGGACCUGUCUUAUGACUCCACGGUUCUGGACGAGGAGGCCGUCAGGGAGGUGUGCGACAAGUUUGAGAGCACCGAGUCUGAGGUGAUGUCCAGCCUGUACAGCGGACACCCCCAGGACCAGCUGGCGGUAGCAUACCAUCUGAUUAUAGACAACCGGCGCAUCAUGACCCAGGCCAGUGAGUUCUACCUGGCCUCCAGCCCUCCCCAGGGCUCCUUCAUGGAGGAUGGCAUGCCCCUGCCUCCCGGGGUCAAACCACACCCAGAGAGGAUGCCCCCCCUGCUGGUAGACAGCCCUAAGGCGCGCUGCCCGCUGGAUGCCCUCAACACCACCAGAGCCAAACCCCUGGCAGUGAAGAAAGACAAGUGGCACCUGGGCAUCAGGAGUCAGAGCAGACCCUAUGACAUCAUGGCUGAGGUCUACAGGGCUAUGAGACAGCUACAGUAUGACUGGAAGGUGAGGCGCGGUGUGUGUGUGUGUGUGUAUAUGGUACAUGUUAAGGUGUGUGGAUGUUAUGUGCAGGUGGUGAACCCGUACCACCUGCGUGUUCAGAGUAAGAACCCAGUAACAGACAACCUGGUGAAGAUGAGUCUCCAGCUGUACCAGGUGGACAACAGAUCCUACCUGCUGGACUUCAAGAGCAUCGAUGAUAACACCAUGGAGGCAGUAGGGUUUAAGUCGGGUUCUUCCACCCCUCAGAGGUCAGGCUCCACUGCAGGGCUCCAUAGACCCAGACUCAGUGUGGACUCGGCCUUACCUGCCGUGGAUCUCCCCCAGCUCAGCUCCUCCCUGCCUGGGUCGCUGUGCUCCAGCGCUACCCUCCUCACCUCCACCCCGCGCCAGGGCAGCCACACCAUGGACUUCUUUGAGAUGUGUGCCAGUCUCAUCACCACACUGGCCCGCUAGAGAAGGUUAACCCUGCUGGAUAACGCGAAGUCAGGAAAACUCCAGGUCCUACUUACAUAACCUCUAAAACAGAACCCUGCCCUGAGCCUUGUAGUUAGACAGUUUGAUAUCGGUGUGAUCCUGGCCUAAGUUUAGUAGAGCACUGUCCGCUGCAGGGCAGAUGUGCCUCUAACCACAUAUCUAGGGUCAGUUGUGUGUUACCUCUCUAUGUUAUAGUUUUGGGCUGGGCAUGGGAAACUGAUUCUAGAUCUGUGGUUAGGCUUCCUGUCUGUUUAGAGCCAGUCUUGCCAUGGGAACGGUUAGGGGUUAGGGAUCAAACUUGCUGGGGCAGGGUCACGUUAGGUCAAAUCUACUGUAUCCUAUAGACUGUAUAAAGAUGGGCAGCUCCUCCCACAUUACUCUCAACCUCCAAUCAGCUGCUGAAUAGCCAUCACCAUAGAACUAGCCUUAACGGAAUUGCAAACAAUUUUAUGCAUCCAGUUUUCAGGGAUACAGUUAAUUCAACUUAGCUUUCUUUUCCGCUGAAAACUGGAUGUGUGAACUCCGCUAAGACCUUUUCUUUUAUGCCUACUAUGUUAGGUUACCAUAGAUCAAACACAUUUCAUUUUUUAUUUUAAAUGUUUUUUAUAACGACACAGAUUUUGUUAUCCAUAUCAUAUAUUUAUAUUACUAUCAUUUUUAGAUGUUGAUUGAAUGACAUACCAAAACAAAUUGUUUCUUUAUACAAAGAUGAUUGUUAUUAUUUAGAUAUCAGAUUCUUAUUUAUUUUUAGAGAUUGUUUUAAAGGCUGUGUGUGGUUACUGAUUAUUGAAGCACUGCUGAUGUUUGAGAAUUCCAAACUGAGUUUGAAGAGAUUUUAGGGGAUGAGAGGUCGUAGAGAGAGGAGGCUAGCCGACUGGCAAUAUUGUUCUGUGGAUUAUUUGGCAUUGAUGCUAACGUGGCUAGCUGACGGAGGGAGGCAAGUGUGUCUGUAGCGAGCCUCAGAGGACUCUACGGCACGGAACCUUUCUCCAGGUGCCUUAAAAACACAAAUGUUGCUUCUAGCUUGGUGGCCAUGUUUUGUUUGUAGAAACAGAAUGGAAACCAUACGUGUGUGUAGAGGGACAGACAGGAGCUUUCCAUUGAUUGGUCAGGAGGAGAAGACCUACUGUAGUUUGUGCCAAUGAGAUUUGAGAUCUGACUAACAUAACUAUAGGUAGAGCAAGAGAGGGGAAGAGAUAAUAGAUAUGCGAGACCACUAACUGAUUAGACAUCGUAUAAAAUUAUUGCAUAUAUAGCACUCUGUUCUCUGGUCUUUAUUUAAGCAAUAUGGCACGAGGAGGUGUGGUAUAUGGCCAAAGGGCUGUUCUUAAGCACGAUGCAGCGCGGAGUGCCUGGAUACAGCCCUUAGCCGUGAUAUAUUGGCCAUAUACCACAAACCCUUGAGGCGUCUUAUUGCUAUUAUAAACUGGUUACCAAAGUAAUUAGAACAGUACAAAUACAUGUUUUGUCAUACCCAUGGUAUACGGUCUGAUAUAACAUGUCAGCCAAUCAGCAUUCGAACCACCCAGUUUAUCAAAUGGAACAAAUCUCCCUUUACUAUUUGUCCGAUGGUUUACAGUAUACAAUCUUCCAGACUCCUGUCUGUCCUGUUCUGCUGGAGCCAGUGAGGACUGGGCUCUGGCUGAUCUGAUUCAUGCCAGUGUGUGUUUCUGUUGUGUUCUGGUACCGUGAUCUGUGUUCGGUUUUGAGCCACAGAGAGAAGAGAUACUAAACCUCUUCUAUUCUUCCGCUUCCUGAUUUCCUUGUCAUUUGUCGUGAGUGCAGUCUGUUUUCUCUCUGUAUGAAACUAUACAUUCAAUACGGAACCCAGACCUAUCUAUAUAAUAUAUAUAUAUAUAUAUAUAUAUAGAGCAGCGUUUCCCAAAAGGGAGCGCGUUUACUUUUUUGCCCUAGCGCUAAACAUCUGAAUCAAAUAAUCAAAGCUUGAAGAUGAGUUGAUUAUUUGGAUCAGCUGUGUAGUUCUAAGGCAAAAACCUAAACGCGCACCCCUUGGGGUCACUAGGACCGACUUUAGUGACAUCUCUCUAUAAAUGUUUCCCACAGAGCCUGGUUCGAUCCCGGGCUGUAUCACAACUGGCCGUGAUCGGGAGUCCCAUAGGGCGGUGCACAAUUGGCCCAGCGUCAUUCGUGUUAGGCCGGGGUAGGCUGUCAUUGUAAAAUAAGAAUUUGUAUUUAACUGACUUGCCUAGUUAAAUAAAGACUGUAGCCACUACAGGGCCAGGGAGAAACUCUGCCCCCUGCUGCAAGACUCAUGCAAUUACCCACAGCAACACCCCUGUUCUCUGCUCAUACAAGGGGAAGGUAUUUACACACACCCACUCUACCAUUGUAAGGUUUACCUCUUGCCAAGGGUUAAGGUGUGUUGUCACUGCAUCCAGACUUCUGGAACCAAAGUGUUCUUCACUGUGUGAGAGUGAAAUGUACCUCUCCCUCAGUCUGACGUGGGGUUUCUGUGUUAUAUGCACUGCAUGGUGCUGAGGUUCUGAUUUGCACUUUACUGAGAAUUUGUCAAACACAAUAAACUGACCCAUACAGUAGA